GGAGUGUCAUGGGAGACAGCGCCUGCUGCACAUGCUGGCGGUGAUGAGGCAGGAUGAGCUCCGGAGAUGGAAGGAGAAGCUGAGCCAAGUGGCACUGAAGGAGGGAUACCAGCCCAUCCCCCCGGCCCUGCUGGAGGGAGCAGGCCCUUGGGCCCUGGUGGAGCUGCUGAUCAGCUACUACGGGGAGGACUAUGCCAUGCACGUGGCUUCGCUAGCAAAGCUCUCGUGCAUUGCAGAAGAAAUGGCAGCCGAGGCCGAGCCGGAGCCUGCGUUAAACCUGAUGGACAUCAGUUCAGCGCAUGAGUGGGGUAAAGAAAAACCCUCUUCUCUCCUGCCCCGCCCUCCGCAGUGGCUCAGGAAACUGAGGGGCAAGCCAGGGAAGCAUCAGCCAACAGAGGGAACCGUCGGUAGAGGGACUCCAUCCCCCCCCGGCCCUGGUGUGGGGACAGAGGCCACAGGCCCCGGAGGGGAGCCAGACGCUCUCGCUGGGCCCUCUGGGGGCACCUCCAGGCCGCAGGACCCCUGGGAAAGGUGGUCAGUGCAGCCAUUUAUGAAAGUCUCCUUCCCCACCCUGGCUCUACCGUCACCUCCCCAGUGGCUGAAGAAGCUGAUGGGCAAGAAGGACAAACAGCUUCAGAAGCGCCCGGCCUGCCCCCCUCCCCCGCCGUACUAUAACAAUCGGCCUCCUUCCGACGAAGAGGGUGUUUAUACCAGCUUGGGACCCGUCACGUUGACGACGAAGGGGACGAAAAAGCCCAAACCCCGUCUCCCGACCCUCCCUCCUGAUGCGCUGCAGGGACUCGGUGGAGGGCCAGGCCCUACACGGCUCCGGAGAGAUCUGCUGGAUCUCAGUGCCUUGGGGGGAGACCUGGUCUCUGCAGGAUCUCUGGGCGGAGAGGCAGAAUCCACCCCCAGUUCUGCUGCAGGAGCAGCCGAGGCUGAAGAGAUCAUCUGCCAACAGGCCCUGCUUCUCUCCGCCGGGGCUGCAGCUGGGGCUGCCGGAGAGACCAGCCAGAGUGCGGAGCCCAGCCAGGACCCCUGGGGACAGGACAAGUGUGACUUGUGUCCCCCAGAGGAGGAUCCUGCAGAAGAAAUCCAACCGGAGACCUUUCAGGGCCCAGAUGGGAAUCAGAUGUACAGGGUUCAGCUCCCCAAGGCAGGCUCUUUCCGUUGCUCUGAAACCGAACUGGGGUUCGAGGUGAGGGCCGCCGUGACCGUCCUGUACAGAUACGACUCCUGGGAUUGGCAUUUGGGCGCCUCGGAGAAGCAGCAGUGGAUGGUGGCCGGGCCGCUGUUCAACAUCCAGGUGGACUCAGCCGGGGCCGUGGCUGCGGUGCACCUCCCGCACUUCCUGUGCCUCGCGGGGGGAGAGGCCGAUGGCUCCCGGCUGCGAAUCGCCCACUUUGUUGACGAGGGGGUGGCCCUGGUGGAGCCCACGGGGGUGCGGCUGUUCCACGCCACGCUGCAGAACCCCAGCUUCUCCCCCCUGGGCGUGCUCUGGAGGAAGAUCCAGUCUAAAUGCCAGGCCAAAGUCCAUUCCCUGGCACUGCUCUACCGGGCGCUGAGGGCCGCCGACACCACCCUGCACCUCUACCUGAUCCCCAAUGACUGCUCCCUGAGACAGGCCAUCAAUGACCACGAGUCCAAAUGCCCCUCUAGGCGUGUGCACAAACCUGCCAGGACCAAGCCCUUGAAAUUUGGCUCUUGUUGUGUGGUGUCCAGCUCCUCCCUGCUGGAGGUGAUACCUGAGGAGCUGGAGUUCUGGUAUCUGGACCCCAAGCUGGAGCAGCCCUACCUGGAGAUCUACACCCAGGACAUGCAGCAGGGGCUGCAGCUCAGCCUGCUGGAGAAGGUGGAAGGGGAACCCAUCUGGAAGGCCUCGGUGAGAGCAGAAGACGUGAUGCCCCGUGUUUCAUCUGCCCACACGCAGCCAGGCGAGCACUUCAUCGACCAGCACCGAGCGGCGCUGAUCCAGCGGGUGCGGGCGGUGGACGGCGUGCUGGACGAGCUGUACCCCAGGGUGCUGGACAACGAGCAGUAUCAGAGCGUCCGGGCCGAGCACACGGACCCGCAGAAGAUGCGCAAGCUGUACGAGCUGGUGCCGAGCUGGAACCAGGCCUGCAAGGACCGGCUCUACCAGGCGCUGGAGGCCAAGCAGAAAUUCCUCAUCCAAGAGCUGCAGGGGAUGUGAGACUGGCUGCUCGGGCGCAGGGCAGAGGCCCAGCCAGCUCUGUACCCUGUCUGGGACGGGGGCCAACACCAGCGUAGACGCAAGACUCCGCUCCUUGGCCAAUCUGGAUUAAUCUGCCCAUGUUGGGUUCAACCCAGUGCCCCCAGCUGGGUACGCCACUCUGCUUCCUGGCUGGGACUCGCUCUCUCUCCAAGGAGCACCCUGGGACCCCCCACUCACCACCGGCCUGGAAUGAUGUUUUGUACGAAGUACGCAGGCCCGGCCAUUGGGGGCAAAGGGAGGGAGCUGACCCGGGACCCGACCCGGGACCCAGCGAGGUCAGGGGCUGGGGACCCCU